AUGCAGUAUUUCUUGAUAGGAAAGAAGGGGAUCUUCAGGCGGCACGUCUCCAUGUGGAGCGUGGGGGUGGAGUGCCGGAAGGAGUGGGCGAUCCGCAUGAUGUCAGAUCCAAAGGAGGGCAUCACUGCCAUCCAGGGGCUGAGGAAUGGCUCCCUGGGGGCAACCAUCCUUGGCACAGCAGCUGCCCAGCUGGCCUCGCGAACGCUGGCCAUCAUGACCAAUCCGGAGCAGCUGCAGCAAGUAGCCAUGUUUGGCAAUGAUGACCCCAUCACAGGAGACGGAAAGUCCAUCGCCAGCCCCCAGUUCAAGCUGGCCUUGGCGCUGGGCACCCUACUCCUGUCUGUCAUGUGCCUGGCCCAGUUUGUAAGGUUUUCCCUGCACCUGAUGUUUGUCAUCCAGGUGGUGGCGGGGAACCCGAUCAAGUACUCCCACCUCCUCAAACUCACGCGCGUCUUCAUCAAGCGCUCCUCCAUGUACUUUUCGCUGGGCCUGCGCUUCCUCUUCCUCUUCCUUCCGGCCAUCAUGUGGAUCCUGGGGGUGACUGCGCUGCUCAUCACUACCGUGAUCGAGGUGGGGAUCAUGCUGGCCAUGGACAUCGUGUGA